CAGCAAUACGGAGCCAGCGAGACGCUACUGCGCAUGUCCGCGUCUGCACGGACGGAGAGAGAGACAGACAGAGAGAGAGAGAGAGCUAUACUAGGGAAAAUUGGCAAAGACAAAGGACUGAACAGCCUUUAGGGAAACAGGAGAGAGCAGAUUCAGUUUUUACACCGGUUUAUGAUAGUCCAGCUGUGACACAACCGGGGGGAAGCGGCCAGGUGUCCUUUUUUUUCAGGCACUGCUUAGCAAUCAAAUCCUUGUUGUAUGUGUUCCAGUGGAAGUGACGCUUCAUGGUCAGCAGCCUGCUGAUGGAAAGAACUGCAAGCUAUAGACUUGGUGAUUGAAUGGAAAGAGCUGUCAACACACACCGAAGAUGGAGGAAGUGGAAACACACAGAGAGCAACGGCAGUUUGAUUGACGACAUCGCUGUGGUGGUGGUGUUGGAGGAGUAAUCUUUCGAGUUGGGAGCAUCUGGAGUGUCUUUGUUUGCUUGGCAAUCCCACCGUGAGUUUCAGUUGUUACCCCCCCCUCCCUCCUGUUGACCUUUCUUCACAUCCAUCCUUUCGAGAGAGCAGGUGUUACAGCCACAGGUCUCGUUUACCUUGCAACCCCCACCUCCUUCCCGUGGCCAUACACAGAGACACACAAGCUCCUCUCUUCCAAGCGGCUGAGAGGUUGCUAUGGCAAUGGUUGUCAUGAUGCUGAUGUAGCGUUCUGAAGGUAGUAGUUGUGGAGGUAGUGGUGGAGCUGCGGGAGGUGGUGGUGGUGGUGGUGGCGGCGGCAGGGGCUGCGGCGGUGAACGUCCAGGGAUGGGAAGCGCUCCGUAUCCAGCCGGUGAGUGGAAGGGGAAGGGGCGAGGCGGCCUACAAGAGCUGGGCUGCAUGCCCUGGAAGGUCAGCAGGCAGAAAGGAGGAGGAGGGGGGGAGGUGGUGGUGGUGGGAAUGGAGGAGAGGAGGUGCAGGGAUCCCACGGACUCUCAGCAGCAGCAACAGCAGGAUCUCUCAUCUUCCUCUUCCUCCCUCACCCCCCCACUGCCUCCUCAGCCCUCUCUGACACCUCCGGCUAUUUAUCAUGAGAAGCAGCGGAGGGAGCUGUGCGCCCUGCACGCGCUCAAUAACGUCUUCCAGGACAGGACGGCCUUCAGUAGGGACACCUUGCAGGAGAUAUACCAGAGGCUUUCUCCCAGCACUCUGGUGACGCCUCACAAGAAGAGCAUGCUGGGAAAUGGGAACUACGAUGUAAACGUCAUUAUGGCAGCCCUGCAGACCCGAGGGUUUGAGGCAGUUUGGUGGGAUAAAAGAAGGGAUGUAGGCAGCAUCGAGUUGUCCAACGUGACAGGCUUCAUUUUGAACGUGCCAUCCAACCUGCGCUGGGGACCUCUCCGGCUGCCGCUCAAACGCCAGCACUGGAUAGGAGUCAGAGAGGUGGGCGGACUCUACUACAACUUGGACUCCAAGCUGCGUAGCCCUCAACCUAUCGGCAGCUCGGAUGAGCUCAGGAAGUUUCUCCGCCAGCAGCUGCGAGGGAAGAACUGUGAACUUCUAUUGGUCGUCUCGGAGGAAGUGGAGGCACACCAAACAUGGCGGUCUGAUGGCUAAGGGGUUUAACCAACCAAUCGCAGCGCCAACUGGGCCAACGGGCCAAUAACAGAAUGAACAGGAGAGGAAGUAAAAUCGUGCACAGCCAAUCACAUGAAUGCACACUUGCAGAUAUAUUCCCCCCCCCCCCCUCUUUUUUGGGUUUUGUUUACACAGCCAUUGCUGGACUCUUACCUGAAAGGAUGCAAAGCGAUGAAGGAAGAAAACACUUUACAGAAAAAAUCAAAGAAUCACAGUCCUUUUUCUCACAACACAGUUAAGACUUAUACAAAGUUACUAUUCUGUUUCUGCUAUUCUUGUGUUUUUAUAUAUAUUGACUAUUUUUCGAUGUCAGUUUUGAUCUGUUUAUUUUUUUUUUUCGUUUCUUUUUACUGUUGAAGUUUCCAAAGUCAUGAGAGUUCAGGCUUUACGAUAAACGCCGUGUUUAUCUGCUGUCUCCCUCAGUGAUCCUCCCUGCUUCGGUCAUGAUGUUCACUGAUGUCUCUUCGUGUUUCUGUCCCUCCCUUCACGUCGUGAGUCUGUCUGUCUGUCUGUCCGUCCGUAUCCCCCGUCCGUCACUUUCACCAAAGCGUGCCCUUUCUUGCCUCCGUGUGACUCCACCUCACUCCUCCUCUCAGCCCCUUUUUUCAUAUCACAAUCCAAAACCAGUGAUUUAUCACGUUGCCAACUUUGUAUUCCAUGCACUUCCCCAAACACUUCUGGCACAGUCUGAGCCUAUACUGUACCGAGGCUGUGCCGACACAACAGUUUUAUAUGCAACAAAGCAAUGCAAAUACCCAGGCCAAGCACUCCCUCUAGUGGAUGUUUGCCUCAGUUUCCUUUUCAAGGAAGAAGUAACGGCAUCACUCCUCCAGUUUUUUGUAAUUGUUCACAUUCAAAUGGUUACUUCAUAUUAAUGAAGAGUGCUUGUCACCGAGACAAUUAUCAUCUCUCACUAGAAUGAUACUGUAUCGUGAUAUAAUAUUUAUCAGAUUGGGUUUGUCUAAAUUAUUGAUAAAAUCAAACUGGCCAGACUUUGUCUUACCACGCGCAGAUCCAGCAUGAAACUAUCUCAGCUCAACGUCCACUUCUUAAUUUAUAAGCUUUAUAAACUUUGGACGGUUCUCAACAGCAGAUUGAGUUGGCCCAGUUGCCAUGAAAAUGCAGACGUUCAAAAUGUCCUGUAGUGCUAAAACAGUUAGAUGAUUAGUUGAUCGACGAAAAUGAAUUGGCAACAAUUCUGAAAAUCUAUUAAUCGACAAAACAAGCAAUUUAAAUAAGUGAAUUGGCAGGUCAGGCAAUAAUGAAAAUAACCGUUUGUUGCAGCCCUACUUUCUAGCAUACGGUGCUAUGGCAACUGAGUAAACUUAAUCUGCUGAACAGGACUGUAUGAGGAUGAGGUCAAAAGCUCCAGGAGAAGCAAGUAAGUGAUCUUUUGAGUUUAGAAUGUCAAUAGCAAUCUGAAUAAUGAAUGAGUUAUUGUUACAAAUCGCCACAGCGAUGAAAAGAAAUAUUGUUUUAAUUGUCCAUAUCAUGCACUCUUGCUUAGGAGCCACAAUAAUUCAUGCCCAGGGAUAAAAUGACACCACGCAUACAGAUGACAAAACAAGGAUACGCCACAAGGGACGAUACUCACUCAUUGUUUCAUUUCAUUUUGCUCUGGCUCCACGCUGUUCCAGAGGGUCGCCACCACAGCGGCCCUCUGUUGCACAGGAGCUCAGCUGAUGCAGGCCUCCUUCUCUUCUUCAACAUCUCUGGUCAAACAGCUCCGAGAGGAUGUCACGGAUCGUCCCAUCAAGUCAUAUACAGUCAGCAGGGGGGUCUCUGAUGUGUGAGGUUUCAGUCUGAGGAAGGGGUUUGGUGCUUGGUUGCACGAAGGGAAGUUGUCAGUUUGAGAGAGUCGAGGUGGAGCGCAGUGCGCCCGGGUGGGCAAUAAUGUAGAAAAAGAAAAUGUGGAAAGAAAAGUGAAAGUUGACCGGGCUGGCUACUAAGCACGUGUCCAGCCAGACGUGUGCUGUGGUCGAUUAUUGUGAAACGAGCGGAGAGAUUCCACCGUUUGUAGCUUUCAAAUCUAUCAGUGUAAGAGAAAACUGUUAAUACUAUACAUAUUGUCUCUUAAUGACAAUAUUGGCCUUAACUUGUUUACAUAAAAAAAAAAAUUGAGGGGCUGUGCAGUUUGAUGCCAUUUUAGGAGAUUUAUUCCAAAGCACCAAUUUAUCGUAAAUAUAGAGGAGAACCCGCUAAAGCUCAUUGAAUAUAAUGUUUUCACUUUUGCAGCCAAGGGCUUUAUGUUAUUUACAAGUGUUUGAUAUAGUAUGAUUUUAUAAAGACAAGAUCACAUGUUUUUUUCAAUGGUGCAUGACUUAUUUUGGAACGACACGCUUCAAUUCCAGCCUGUAGACCUUUUAAUGUCAUACUAUAUCCAAGUGAACCUGCAUCGAAACAUCACAGAGAUUUUCAUCCGUUUACUGAGAUUUUGGACCCAAUCACAUCAUGACAAGUGUCUCACAAUUGCAUUCAAGAUGUGCUUUUUUUUUUGCCAUGACAAUCCAAUCAGCUGAUUGUCACUGUAUUUUGUUUAUUUUUUAUUUUUUUUGCAUAGAAAUAAAAUGCUUAUAAUGGCACUUUAUGUAUAA